UGGUCAAUGCACUCAGUUUGCUUACAUGCAGUGUGACAGACUAUGGCUGAUUUCAGUGGGAUAAUCUGCUGACAGACCAUGUGAUUUUGUCUCUGUCAAGUCAGUCCUUCAGCCUAUGGGUUUGCAGUUGGACUACAAGGUUGAGCGCACAUGCCAGAAGACGAAAAAGCUUGGUAGGUUUCCAUGGAGUCUGGCUGUCCGUGUGUGUGACGGAGGAGUUGCAGUGUCCCUGCGCACCAAAAAAAAGGUCUAUUGGAAAAUUUCUAGCCAUCACCAACAAUCUACAAGUGCAUAAGGUCAUGUCAUCUGAGUGCUGGGUGGAGCCCUGCAGUGAGGGCCAGGCACAGGGGACCGGACUGGAGAAGCAACAAGGGGAAGAAGUGAAGAAAGAGGAAGUGGAGGUUCCCUGCGGGGACAACCAGCCGGUAGGAAGCCUGAGGCAGGAGGAGCCAGGAAGAGAACGGCCUUCAUCACCUGACCUGGAGCAGGUCCAGAGGGUGGAGACGCAGACUCAGGAAAAAAGAGAGAGGUUUUCCCAUGAAAGCCGGGAUAGAGGGUCAGUAUCAGGGGUGUGCCUGGGGGAGCGGUACCUCCGGAGGUCCCUCCCCAGGGGCUUAUCAUCCUGCUCCUACCUGGACAGGGAGCGGCAGGUAGAGGAGCCCCGGGGGCCUGGGCCUUUCUACUUCUUCGGAGGAGCCAAUGGGGCUGAAAUAGUGAGCAGUUACUGUGAAAGCAGGGGCUGGAAGAGGAUUUACAACAAGCGCAGGGAGGAUUUCAAACUCAAGUGGUGUGAGACUAAAUCACCUGCCAGCUACUGUAACUUCAGAGAAGGUGAACAGUUAGUUUACCAGAUUCCCAACAACAAGGUGCUCACCACUAAGAUCGGCCUCCUCAGCAGUCUACGUGAAUAUGAGCGGGUCAGCAGCAAAGUCAACCAUGGUCGUGGACUGAGGAGCCUGAAAAUGGAAGAGUUCAUUCCCACUACCUUCCGUAUGGAUGUGAGGGAAGAGAGAGAGGCUUUCUUUGCCCAGCAGGAGGGUGUGAGCAACAAUGAUGUGUGGAUCUGUAAGCCCACCGGUCUGAACCAGGGCAGAGGGAUCUUUCUGCUGAAGAGCCAGGAGGACGUAGCCGCCUUAAGACUUAAGCUGCAGCACAUUGAGGACAGCAAGGCCAGCAGGAACCUGCGCCACCAUCAGCCUCAGGCCCGCAUUGUCCAGUAUUACAUCCAGAGGCCACUGCUCCUGAAGGGGAAAAAGUUUGAUGUGCGCUCUUACCUUCUGAUUGCCUGCACUGCACCUUACAUGGUCUUCUUUCGCCAUGGAUAUGUGCGACUGACCUGCGACCUCUACGACCCCAGCUCCAGCAACCUCUCUGCCCACCUGACCAAUCAGUACAUGCAGAAGAAGAACCCCCUGUACAGCCAGCUAAAGGAAGACACUGUGUGGUCCAUGGAGAGCUUCAACACCUACGUCAAUGACAGGUUUUGGGUUGCCAAGGGUCUGCCCAGGGACUGGGUGCUGGGGGCCUUUGCAAAGCGCAUGCAGCAGAUCAUGACACAGUGUUUCUUGGCAGUCAAAUCCAAGUUAGACUGCCGGCUGGGCUUCUUUGACUUGAUUGGCUGUGACUUCAUGGUUGAUGAGGACUUCAAGGUGUGGCUGCUGGAGAUGAACUGUAAUCCAGCUCUCCAUACGAACUGUGAGGUGCUGAAAGAGGUGAUACCCAGCACAGUUAUGGAGACACUGGAUUUAACUCUUGAGAUCUUCAACAAGUGUCGUCUCAGGCAGAGGAUUCUUCCUUUGGCCAGUCAGAGGGAGUUUGUGCUGCUGUACAAUGGAGUUUUUCCUCCUGGUUCAGUGUUGACCCGCAGCAAGAGCAACUCAAACAGUGAAUUAAACCCGAAAAGCACCAAAAAGACCCAAAAGACUGAACCGAGAAGAUAUAAGUCAGGGACAGUGGGUAGAAUCAUGCCCAAAGCAUCCAUUGAUAAUUCUGUGAAUGUCUCAAUGAGCAAUGAUGGAAGCAGUGGUUCAAAGUCUGACCAUUGUUCCACCACCUCCACUACCCCCUCACCUCAAAGCUCUCCGUCAAUGCAUGGACCUUCACAUUUACGCAGCAGCAGCAUACAGAACCCCAGGCCUCGGGUCGAGCUCAAGCCAAGCAAAUGCACUUUGCAUCAUCAUUUUAAGGCUGCAGAUGAAGUGAAGCACUCCAAGACUCAGCAGAAGACGAGGAUCAUUAUGUCCCUGUCAUCACCAGCACUGAGCGAAGGGAUCUCCGUCUGUGGGUCUCCAGAGACAACGACACCAUUCCUUUCUCACGCUGAACCUCCUUUGUGUGGGAACAAAUGUGAAAGAGGAGAGGAACACGAUGAAGAGGGGCUCGGAGCGGACGCACAGAGCUUAGUUUCUGAGACAAAAGAGAAACUGUGAGACAUUAUAUUAACGUCGUCAAAAAAAAGAAGAAAUCUGACAUCUGGUGCUGUUUUGCUCAGAGAAAUGCUGAUAAAUGCUUAAUGUGACA